AUGUCGGCCCCGGCUCCAGCGUCGACGUCGCCGACGGUCGUGCGCAGCCAUUCAACUUCAUCCCGCCCCCCUCGACCUGCUCAGUCCGAUCUCCCCCAUCGGACGCGCAGUGUGGCGGUCCGAUCGACCAACUCCUCCCAGCCCCCUCCACAGAACCAGUAUUCACACUCCAAAACCCCCUCCCAUGACCGUCGUCCUCCUUCCAACUACGCUGCGCUCGACAGCGUCGCCCGUCGGGACUUCGAGGCUUCCAAUGUUGCCAGAAUGCCGUCUCGCCGUGAUCCCUCCACAGAGCGCUCGCAGGAACGCCCAUCCACCGCAACCCGGACCGAAUCCACCCGAAAACACCAAAGAAAUCCCUCAACACACUCUCAUCAGCGAGAGAGGAGUGACAUGGUGGGAACGGCCGCACCGGACCGCUCUGCCGACUCGUCGCAGCAUGCGACCGGAACACAUGGGACCCCGACUGCCGCCGCACAGCCCCGGCGCCGUACAACAAUCACGACGCCGACAGGCCAAUGGGCCCUUGGGAAGACUAUCGGUGCGGGUAGCAUGGGUAAAGUGAAGCUAGCCAAAAAUAUGGAAACCGGAGAGCAGGUCGCUGUGAAGAUUGUCCCGAGACUUUCGACCGAGGAACACCGCAACAGUCGCGAAUCGGAGAGAGCUGACCGCUCGAAAGAAAUCCGAACAGCUCGAGAGGCCGCCAUUGUCAGCCUCACCAGCCACCCAUACAUCUGCGGGAUGCGAGAUGUUGUGCGAACCACGUACCACUGGUACAUGCUCUUCGAAUAUGUCAAUGGGGGCCAAAUGCUGGACUAUAUCAUUUCCCACGGCAAAUUGAAAGAGAAGCAGGCCCGCAAGUUUGCUCGCCAGAUCGCCAGUGCACUGGAUUACUGCCACCGGAACAGCAUCGUACAUCGAGACUUGAAAAUCGAGAACAUCCUGAUCAGCAAGACGGGUGAUAUCAAAAUUAUCGACUUUGGUCUCAGCAAUCUGUUUUCGCCAAGAAGCCUUUUGAAGACCUUCUGCGGCAGUUUGUACUUUGCAGCUCCCGAACUGCUCCAGGCAAGACAAUACACCGGCCCUGAAGUUGAUGUUUGGAGUUUCGGAAUUGUCCUCUACGUUCUGGUCUGUGGUAAGGUGCCUUUCGAUGACCAGAGCAUGCCUCAGCUGCAUGCCAAGAUCAAGAAGGGCGUUGUAGAGUACCCGCCCGGUCUCUCGACCGAAUGCCGCCACAUCAUCUCACGCAUGCUUGUUACGGACCCCAAGCAGCGUGCCAGCUUGAAUGAAAUUAUGAACCACCCCUGGAUGAACAAGGGUUUUAACGCGCCCCCAGAGAACUUCCUUCCUCACAGAGAACCUCUUCAGCUCCCAUUGGACCAGGAAGUGAUUGAGAAGAUGACCGGCUUUGAUUUUGGUCCUCCUGACUACAUCACAGCCCAAUUGACCAAGGUUCUGGAAUCGGAGGAAUAUCGACACGCAGUGCGGAACAAUCUUCGUGAACAGCCUGUCCCCUACCAAACUGAGAAGAAGCGUGGCGUGUUUGACUUCUACAAGCGACGCAACUCUGCUGCUAGUCGCGAUACACUAUCGGCACCAUCGGUGGAGGCAAUUCAGCUGGGCAAUGACCCCUUGAACGCAUACAGCCCACUGGUGUCCAUUUACCAUCUUGUCAAGGAGAAGAUUGACCGAGAGCGAACUGAGUCUCGACCUGGUGCCCUCGGCCUCCGUCCAACUGCCGGCAAUGUUCAAGUCCCCGUGUUGACCGCCCCGGAAGCUGCUCACACCAACCAGUAUCAACUUCCAGGAGAUAAGGACACCGGCCGACGGUCCCGUCCACGGGCCCGGACUCACGGCGAAGACGAAGUCACAGAGGGCAUGAAGAGCGUUCACACUUCGUCGCCUUCUGCGCACGCAAUGCCAAUUUCCUCGCAGCCCGAGACUCCCGCAAAGAAGGAAAGUGCCGCUGCGGGUCUUCUGAGACGCUUCAGCACUCGCAGAACCAAGGAUCGGAGCCGCGACUUCGAACGAGAGCGUGUCGGCAGCCCCAAUACUCCAACCUUGAACGUCCAGCCCCCUGCCGACUCGGCGUCUCCCUUGCAUCGUGGUUUCAGUGUACGAAGAAACCGACGGGCCGAGCCGUCCCCGACCUUUAUUCCUACAGGAGGAAGCCAGCCCCAGCAAGAUUUCCUUUCUGCUCCUGGCUCCACCGAGCAGACUUCAUCUUCGAACAAAUUUUUGGGACGAUCCACUAGCGUCAACUCCGCCGACUACCGACCUCGGAGAGCAGCCCGGGGGAGCGACGCAGACGCGUUGGAUGUAGAGCGCCAGCCCCCUUCAACCAGCGGGUCUGAUCAGGUUGCUCCGAAAGAAGCUGGGGUGCGGACUGGUGGCCGCAGCCAUACAGCCCGAACCAUGUCACUUGGUCAUGCCCGCCGGGAAAGCAUUCAAGCCCGCCGUGCCCGGCGGGAAGCUGUCCGGGAAGCCAAUCUCCCAGAGGAGACCGAUGCAGACAUCUCUGGCGCAGGAACCGCAUUGGAGAGUGCAAACGAAGGAGAAGACCUUUCCAAGCCAGUUUAUCUCAAGGGUCUCUUCAGUGUUUCCACUACCAGCAGCAAGCCCUUGCCGGUCAUUAGGGCCGACAUUAUCCGCGUGCUGAAGCAGCUAGCGGUGGACUAUGUAGAGAUCAAGGGCGGUUUCAGCUGUCGCCACGCCCCAAGCAUCGAUCUCGACAAAGUGAUCGAUGUCAGCCCGCCCAGUCCGGAUCGACAGGGCCAGGUUGCUCACCGCCGAAGAAUCAGCUUUGGUGGCCUUCUCGGGCAGGACGACAGUCGAGACGACAGCCGUUUGACGCAACCCAGGGUGCAACGACGCACCCAGGCCGCGCCAGACCGCAGCUUCACCACGAACUCGGACGGGUCCGAUGAAUAUGUUGCCCGGGAGCAGAUCCAAGGCAGUGUUGGUGAGCGAGUGGUCGGAGAGACCACCACCCGCGUCCAAAGCGACACCGGAGAGAAUCUGGUGCUGCGCUUCGAAAUCCUCAUUGUGAAGGUCCCCCUCUUCUCAUUGCAUGGCAUCCAGUUCAAGAAGGUCUCAGGCGGCAUGUGGCAGUACCGAGAGAUGGCAAAGAAGAUUCUCGAUGCACUUCGCCUGUGA